GGGGUGGGGGGGGUUCGGGAGCAGAGGAGAUCCUCGGGGAGGUUCCUCCCCGGACGGCGGCAGCCUGGCCGGGCCCGAGAGCUGCCCGCGGUGGGGAGGGGAUAGCGGGGCGGACCCGGAGGACAUGGAGGGCGAGGAGGCCCCGUCAUGGCGGGGUCCCGGCGGCGCCGUGCGGGAGCUCUGCCGCUCCUUCGGCCACUACAACCGGCACCUGGCGCGGCUGCAGCACAACCUGCGAGAGACCAAGAGGUUCUUCCGCGACGUCAAGUUCUCCCAGGGACAUCCCUUCGCCUCGGCGCCUGCCGGUGACGGCCCCCGCCCCGCCUGGGAUGGGGAUGGGGGUCCCGGGGACGGCGGUGAGAGAGGGACGGGCUGUGAGGGCCCCAGCCCCGUCUCGUUCCCGCGGCACGAGGAGGAGCAGCUGCAGCGCUCGGUGAGCUGGCGGCCAUGCCUGCUGAUCCUGGGCCAGAACUGCCGCGCCAAGGGCCGCCUGCUGAACACGCUGCUGGGCCAGGAGCUGCUGCCCGCCCCUGGCACUGCCACCCAGGAGCUGCUGCCCACCCCGGGGGCUGCCACUGCCACCCAGGAGCUGCUGCCCACCGGGACUGCCACUGCAGAGCUGCUGCCCACCCCAAGGACUGGCACUGAGGAGCUGCUGCCCACCUCUGGGACUGGUACCAAGGAACUGCUGCCUGGUGCUGGCACCACAGAGCUGCUGCCCACCCCUGGCACUGGCACCAAGGAGCUGCUGCCUGCUGCUGGGGCUGUCACCGAGGAACUGCUGCCCACCCCUGGGGCUGUCACCAAGGAUCUGCUGCCUGGGACUGGCACUGCAGAGCUGCUGCCCACCCCUGGGACUGGCACUGAGGAGCUGCUGCCCGCCCCCGGGGCUGGCACAGGCACUGAGGAGCUGCUGCCCAGCCCUGGGACUGGCACGGAGGAGCGCUGCCGGCGCCGCCGGGUGCGCUUCACGCACGGGGCGCGGCCGCGGCUGAGCCUGGCGCUGCCCGGGCAGUACGAGCUGGUGCAGGCGCUGGUGGCACACAGCGGGCACUGGGACACCAUCCCCGAGCAGGACCUGCAGGUGCCCGGGGACGCCGAGGAUCCCGCGCAGAGGGUGGCAGAGCUGGAGGUGGUGCUGCCCUGCGCGCUGCUCAAGGAGGUGGACAUCGUGGUGGCUCCAUGCCGAGGCUUCCAGUCAGCUGAGGCCACCCUGGCCGAGUUUGUGAACCAGGUGCUGCCCGUUGUCACCUUCGCCAUCAGCGAGCCCCAGCUGUCCCCGUCGGACCAGGCGGAACUUCGGGAAAUCAAACAAAAAUUCUCCCUCCCCAUCUUCUUCCUGCGGAUCCCCGAGGCCAGCAGCGAGCUGAGCUCUCCCAAAAACCCCCCCAAGGACAAAUCCCCGCUGCAGCUGCAGCUGCUGGAUCUGGAAUACCUGAGCCCCUCCAGCCCCUGCGGCUGCGGCGUUCCCGGCUCCUCCAUGCUGGUGGAGCAGCUGGAGAAGCUGCGGCUGCUGAGCUCCUUCUCCAGGCAGGUGCUGCAGCAGCACCUGGUGGAGGCAGCCACGAGGCUGAGCGAGGUUCACGGGCGCUGCCUCAACAUCUUCAUCAACCAGGCCUUCGACAUGCAGCGGGACCUGCAGAUCACCCCGAAGAGGCUGGAGUACACGCGCAGGAAGGAGAACGAGCUCUACGAGUCGCUGAUGGGCAUCGCCAACCGCAAGCAGGAGGAGAUGAAGGAGAUGAUCGUGGACACCCUGGGCAGCAUGAAGGAGGAGCUGCUGGAGGAUGCUGCCAGCAUGGAGUUCCGAGACAUCAUCAUUCCCGAGAGCGGCGAGCCCGUCAGCUCCAAGGACAUCAAGCGCUGCAUCCAGCAGAUCCAGGAGCUGAUCAUCUCCAGGCUGAACCAGGCAGUGGCCAACAAGCUGAUCAGCUCCGUGGAUUACCUGAGGGAGAGCUUCGUGGGCACCCUGGAGCGCUGCCUCAAGAGCCUGGAGGAGUCCUGGGAGGGCUCCGUGCACCCGCCCCGGGGGCUGGAGAAACCCCGCGAGGGCUCCGUGCACAUCACCAGCAACUAUCUCAAACAGAUCCUGAAUGCAGCCUAUCACGUGGAGGUCACUUUCCACUCGGGCUCAACGGUGACCAGGAUGUUGUGGGAACAGAUCAAACAGAUAAUCCAGCGGAUCACGUGGGUCAGCCCCCCGGCCAUCACCAGCGACUGGAAGAGGAAGGUGGCCCAGGACGCCAUCGAGAGCCUGAGCGCCUCCAAGCUGGCCAAGAGCAUCUGCAGCCAGUUCCGCACGCGCCUCAACAGCUCCCACGAGGCCUUCGCCGCCUCCCUGCGCCAGCUGGAGGACGGCCACUCGGGCCGGCUGGAGAGGACCGAGGACCUGUGGCUGCGCGUCAGGAAGGAGCACGCGCCGCGCCUGGCCCGGCUCUCCCUGGAGAGCAGGUCCCUGCAGGACGUGCUGCUGCACGGGAAGCCCAAGCUGGGCAGGGAGCUGGGCCGAGGCCAGUACGGGGUGGUGUACCUGUGUGACAGCUGGGGGGGACACUUCCCCUGCGCCCUCAAAUCCGUGGUGCCUCCGGAUGAGAAGCACUGGAACGACCUGGCACUGGAAUUUCACUACAUGAGGUCCCUGCAGUCCCACGAGAGGCUGGUGCACCUGCACGGCUCCGUGAUUGAUUACGGCUAUGGAGGAGGCUCCAGCAUUGCUGUGCUGCUCAUCAUGGAGAGGCUGCACAGGGACCUCUACACGGGGCUGAAGGCUGGGCUGGAGCUGGAGCCACGGCUGCAGAUUGCGUUGGACGUGGUGGAAGGGAUCCGGUACCUGCACAGCCAGGGCUUGGUGCACAGGGAUAUCAAACUCAAAAACGUCCUGCUGGACAAAAAGAACAGGGCCAAAAUCACAGAUCUGGGGUUCUGCAAGCCCGAGGCGAUGAUGUCUGGCAGCAUCGUGGGCACCCCCAUCCACAUGGCUCCCGAGCUCUUCACAGGGAAGUACGACAAUUCCGUGGAUGUUUAUGCCUUUGGGAUCCUGUUCUGGUACCUCUGCUCGGGCCAUGUGAAGUUACCUGAGGCUUUUGAGAGGUGUGCCAGCAAGGAUCACCUGUGGAACAACGUCAGGAGAGGGGUGCGGCCGGAGCGGCUCCCGGUGUUUGACGAGGAGUGCUGGCAGCUGAUGGAAGCCUGCUGGGCCGGGGACUCCUCCCAGCGGCCGCUCCUGGGAAUCGUGCAGCCCAUGCUCCAGGGAAUCAUGGACAGGCUCUGCCGCGCCGCCUCCGAGCAUCCCAGCAAGGGCCUGGAUGACUCCACCUGAGCGGGAGCGGCGGCAGGAUUCGGGAAUCGCGGCGGGAUUUGGGGAAGUCCGGCCCCACCUCUGCCGUGGAGCUGCGAGGCAGCCCCGAGGGGGGACAGGGAGGAGCCCAGGGGGUGACAGCUCCAUCCCCAUCCCUGUGAUCCUUAUGGAAUUGUGUGGGACAGAGGAGUGACAGCUCCAUCCCCAUCCCUGUGAUCCCGAUGGAAUUCUGUGGGACAGGGGGUGACAGCUCCAUCCCCAUCCCUGUGAUCCCUAUGGAAUUCUGUGGGACAGGGAGGAGCUCUGAGGGGUGACAGCUCCAUCCCCAAUCCCUGUUAUCCUAUGGAAUUGUGGGACAGCUCCAUCCCAAUCUCUGUUCUCCCUGUGGAAUUGUUUGGGACAGAGGGGUGACAGCUCCAUCCCAAUCCCACUCUGUUAUCCCAUGGAAUUGUUUGGGACAUGAUGGGGCUCCGAGGGGUUGACAGCUCCAUCCUCAUCCCUGUUAUCCUGAUGGAAUUGUGGGACAGAGGGGUGACAGCUCCAUCCCCAUCCCACCCUGUUAUCCCUAUGGAAUUGUGUGGGACAGGGGGUGACAGCUCCAUCCCUAUCCCAGCCUGUUCUACCUGUGGAAUUGUUUGGGAGAGGAGGAUGACAGCUCCAUCCCAGUCCCACUCUGUUAUCCCUAAGGAAUUGUUUGGGACGUGGUGGGGCUCCGAGGGGGCUCAGGGGUGUGACAGCUCCAUCCCCAUCCCUGUGAUCCCUAUGGAAUUGUUUGGGACAGGGAGGUGACAGCUCCAUCCCAAUCCCUGUGAUCCCUAUGGAAUUGUUUGGGACAGGGGGGUGACAGCUCCAUCCCAAUCCCUGUGAUCCCUAUGGAAUUGUUUGGGACAGAGGGGUGACAGCUCCAUCCCAAUCCCUGUGAUCCCUAUGGAAUUGUUUGGGACAGGGAGGUGACAGCUCCAUCCCCAUCCCUGUGAUCCCUGUGGAAUUCCUUGGGACAGAGGGGUGACAGCUCCAUCCCAAUCCCUGUGAUCCCUGUGGAAUUCCUUGGGACAGAGGGGUGACAGCUCCAUCCCAAUCCCUGUGAUCCCUAUGGAAUUCCUUGGGACAGGGGGGUGACAGCUCCAUCCCCAUCCCUGUGAUCCCUAUGGAAUUGUUUGGGACAGAGGGGUGACAGCUCCAUCCCAAUCCCAGCCUGUGGUCCCUCUGGAACUGAGGGAUGGAAAACCCAAACCCUUCGGGCUCACAGUGGGUGACUUUGCCAGUCCCACCCCAACCCUCGGGAUGGGACAAUCCCUUCCCAAACCCCGGCAGACCCAUCCUGCUCCCCCCCUGCCCCCGGAGCAAUCCUUGCAGGGGAAGGAGAAGGCACCAAACGUCAGGAGAAGGGAGAGCUGGGAAGCUCCAAGGAGCUGGAGAUGUUUACAUGGACGGGAGCAAAGCUUCCGUGGUUGUUUCUGUGGGGGCUUGCAAAGCCCCGCCUGGAUAAGCUAUCGAUCCCUAAUCCCACCUUUUCCUCCUCUUUUCCCCCUCUCCUUUGCUUCCUUCAGUUUGUGGGAUGGCUGGAGAAACCUUCCCUUGCUUCCACACCGCAUUCCUCUGAGGUUCAGCUUCGUGGCAGCACAAAAAAUCCUUCAAAAUAUUCAUUUUUCUGUGGGGGAAAGUGCCAAAAUUCCUUGAAAAUCAGGAUUUGGGGCUUGGAAUUCAUGGGGUUGCCGUGGCAGUUUUAAAUCGGGCUGAGUUUGCACAGGAAUAUUUUAAAAAAUGAGGAUUUUUCCAGCUUUUUUUUCCAAGUUGGGUGGGAAGAUCCUUCCUUCUUCCCCUCACUUUCACUCCAGGGCUGGAAUUUGGUUGGAAAGAAUAAAAAAAAAAAUGGGGAUAGGGGAGAGGGGGAUCCUGGGCAAGGUUGUCUUUCCCAAAUUCCUGGAAAUCCCAGUUUGCUUCCUGCAUUUUUGGGGUGGAAUUGGGCUGGGCUGGAGCAGGAGCUGCCCCUGGGUGGCUCCGGGAGGAGCUGAGGAGUUGGGAAUUCUCCCUGGGGUUCCCAGGGAAGGUGGAAUUCCUUGGCUGAAAUUCCAGCUGGGCCUGGCCCGGGAUGGCUCCAGUGGGAAUCUUUUCCUUUCUUUGUGCAAUAAAAUGGAUUCAGGAGCUUUUUAUGGAGGAAAAAAAUUAAAAAAAAAAGCUUUUUUUGUUUCUUUUCUGCAUCUGGGGGGAUGUGCUGGAAUUCCCAGUGGGAUGGGGAUGGAUCCAACCUCUCCUGCCAUUCCAGAGUGGGGAUUUUAUGGAUUUAUCCUCUCCUGCCAUUCCCAGAGGGGUUUUUAAUGGAUUUAUCCUCUCCUGCCAUUCCCAGAGUGGGGAUUUUAUGGAUCCAGUCCUUGUUUUGGCAUUCCAGACUGGAGUUU